CCCAAGUUUUCUAACCCAUAUUUUCCAAAUCAGUAUGCAUCCCUAUGGAACCUGCUUAUGACCACAUUUCCAACCUCAAUUCUAUCAGGGACAAUUGGAAUAAAUAUUCUGGGUACCAAAAUUCAUGCUACCAUUAAGAAGACAUUGAUGUAUAAGUUUGAGGGCAAAGUCCUAGAGGACAAAGUUAUCUCAUUGGCAUAUCUUGAAGUUGUGAACAAUUCUGGACAAUCCAAGACUAACAGGCAUGAACUGAAGUUAAUUAAACUUCAUGAUGAAAACUUGAGGUCAGGCCAAUGAAUGAAGUGACAAUAACUGCCUUCCCAUAUACAUUUGUAUCAUUUGCUGAGAUAAUGACAGCUGAUUAUGACACCACCUACUUGGUGGGUGAGUUGAUAUGGAAUUGAUUAACUUAAUUAUUGAUUUUCUUGCUUAUCAAAAUAAUACAAAUGUAGAAUUUAUAAAUGUUAUUGGAAUACUAUGUGGAGAUGGUUAGGAAAGGGAGAUUGAAUUUCAUGGAAGGGGGAACAAGAUGAAUCUAAUGGAGAUUGAUUCUGA